UUUUUAAAGGGUACUUAUAAGUUUAUAAAUUUGUCUCAGUUUUAUCAAAAAAUAUUCUAUUUUUAAAAGAUAUGGGGGCUAGGGAGAUGGUUCAGACGGUAAAAUUACUAGAAACACAGGCCUGACAUGUGAGUUUUAUUCCCCGAACCCAGGUAAAAAAACCAGAUGCCGAAGCAUUCAUCUGUAAUUCUAGCACCCUAGACAGCAAAAUGGGAGGUAGAGGCAGGAGAAUAACCCUGAAACUAGGGCCAGCUAGCUGGGAUAUGCAGCACAGUACCAGAGGGGGAGGUGGAAGGAGAGGGAGACCCUGUUUCAAAGUAGAAGGUGAGAACCAACUCCCAAAAGUUAUUGUGUGAUUUUCAUGGAUACACACACACACACACACACACACACACACAAACACUAAAAAGAUAGGGGAACCUUUAUAUGAACAUCGGGUUCAUACUGCAUGAAUCCAACUCUGGCAGGGUAAAGGAUAAAGAGCACAGGCUCCUCAGGGCCAUGGAAACUGCUCUGCGGGACACUGUAGUGGGCAGAUGCCACCAUUAUACAUUUGUUUUGUCCGAAACAUACAGAACACACAGCUCCAAGAGGGAAGUGGCAUGAACAGUACCCAUCGGGCACUAGGGACAUGUCACGUUCAACAAUUGGACCCUCAGGUGCAGGGCUCUGACGGUGGGGAGAAGGUCUGAUUAUGUGGGAGCAGGGGGUGUGAAGGUGAUCUCUACCUCCUAGUCUGGUUGUAAAUUUGAAAUGUAUUAAAAGAAAAAUAAAGGCUUUAAAAGAAAGUGAUGCUGAAAGCCCGGGAGAAAUUCAAGCUGGACGAAAAUGACAAUGACAUCAGAAUUUGUAGGCUGCAGCUAAAGCAUGAAGUGAACAUGGAUUUAAGACCAGGAAGCUCAACGAUGAUGUGAGGAAGCCAAAAACAAGUGUAAAGAAGGAAAGACUAAAAGGAGCAAAAGGUUGAAAAGGCUGAUCCUAAUCCGAAGAGUAGGACUUUGGAAAGAUUAACCCGACUCUAGUCUGCUAAGUUAAAACAAAGGAAACGAUUUGUAUCAUAAACAAUAAAGGGCCCAUCAUAGUGGUUCCUGAUCUGUGGGUCAGAUACACUGCCUAUUGGAUAUUAGUUCACAAUGAAAUAACUUUAUGGUUGGGGGUCGCCAUAACAUGAGGAACUGUAUUCAAGGGUCAUGUCGAAGCCUUAGGAAGGAUGAGAUCCACGGGCUAUCACCACAGAUCCCAGAGACAGCAGGUAAGUCUCUGCCCACCUUGCUUUCCCAAGCUGCUGCUCAGCCUUGCUUGUACAUUGCACUCCAAGCCUGUUCUGGUUGCUUGGCUCCCAGUUCUUCUACUUGCUGUGCCCUGUUAAAAUCCCUGCCACCAAAGCUCUUCCAUAUUGUUUUUAUUUUCCCUCUUUGGCUCCAUCUAUUUGUGGGAGAUUGAGACCUGCUGGGUACCUUAAAUUAGGCUCCUGAGGGUAGCUAUCCAACAGCUUCCAGGACUGGUUGCAAGAAAGACAAUGGUCACACAAAGCAGGUAUGUGUAAGUAGCUUUGUAUCCCUUAGGCAAGAGGAAGAGUCUCAGGGUAGCCUAGGCUACAUAAUGAGAUCCUAUCUACAUACUAUCUUUCCUGUUUCAUCUCAUUUUAAAGAUUUAAUUAUAAGUUUUAAAACAUCCCCAGAAGACAUCCAGACCUAUAGAUUUACUGGUAAGUUCUAUCAAACAUUGCAGAAAGAUAGUUUAAUUAAUAAUUUAAAUAAUUUUGCAUGAGUCAGGACACUUAGCAACUCACUUUGUAACAUGAUGGUGUAAAAUCAGGUCAAGAUGCUAUUAAGAAGCCUCUGAGAUGCCUCCCUGGGUAAAGCUGGCUGCUGCCAACCUGAUGACCUAAAUUUGAUCCCCAGAAUCCAUGUGAUACCAUGAGAGAGCUGACUCCAGAGAGCUGUCCUCUGACUGUCACAUGUGCACUAUGGUAUGGGUGUGCACCCACACAAAACACGCAAAGGCAUGGAAAGUCACUAAGGUUUUCAGGGGCUGGAAAGAUGGCUCAGUGGUUAAGAGCAUCGGGUGCACUCCCAGAAGACAUGGGUUGGAUUCCCAGCACCCAAAUGGUAUCUCAUAACUGUCUGUAACUACAGUUCCAGGAGAACCUAACACCCUUUUCUGGCAUGCACGUGGGACACAGACAUGCAUGCACGUAGAACACCCAGAUAGAUAAAUUUAUAAUAAAUAAAUUGAUAAACUUUAAAGGCAUAAGGGAAAGUGAUUCAGACCACAUCUGUUACAAAUGUGGAAUUAAACUUAAGACUAAUAACAAAUUGAGUCCAGAAGGCUUUUUCUUGCCUGGGAAAGAAGUGGUCUUUCAGUGUGGUUAGAAGCUAGUGGAGGGGGCCAGAUAAUGGUAGUACAUGCCUUUAAUCCUAGCUCUUGGCGGUGGAGGCAGGCAAUCUCUGAGUUUGAGGCCAACUGGUUUACAGUGUGAGUUCUAGGACAGCCAGGGUUAUACAGAGAGAAAUCUGAAAAAAAAAAUCACACAAACACACACACACACACACACACAAAGCUAAUGGAAGGGAAAGCCAUUCACGCACCCUGAUCCCAGAAAUUGGGAAAGGGGAAUACCUGACUGACUUCUGACCAAUGCUUUUAUGUGCUCCACUCGCUGUCUUUGAAGGCUACUGAAAGCUCUUAGUGCCUCUCAUUCAGGUUCCCAUUGCCCUUGUUUGAGGAGAGAGGCCAAUUGACCCAGCAUUUGAUAUUUAGAAUCUCUUUUCUCCACAAAAUCUAAGCUUGCUGCACUUGAAAUGUUAUACAAACAUGGCUGCCUGGACUGAAUAUAAAGAUUUGUACCCAGGAACCAUGCCAAUGUCUGCACAGGGUGAUCCAGACAUUGAUGGUGAGCCCCAGACAUCGGCAGAAGAGGACCUGAUAGAAGCUGGAUUGGGAUUUUCUGGUUGCAUCCUUUCUCAUCAAGGAGGACCAGGCAGCAACCCUUGGUGUCUCUGAGCAGCCAGUACAGGAAGACCUGAUUCAGAGACAGAGCUCAUCCACUUAGUGCAGUAGGAAGAGCAGGGUGCCCAGUGUUUGGCAUGGAAUCAGACACCCAGUGCUCAGUGUGUGCGGUGGACACAAAUGUGCUGCCUGACGUCUUUUCAUGAGGGAAGUGUGACGUGAUCAGAUCUGGGAGUCCCAUUGGCCUAUGGUCCUGUGGAGCCAGGUAAUGAGAGAUUAACCUCAUAGGCAUAUGUCAUGGGAAGAGUGGCCAUUGAGAUGACAGCCAAGUCGCCACUGUGGCCUAUGGGCUUCACAUGGUAUGGACACAUGCCCCCCCCCCCCCCCAAUGCCCUGUUCUGGCUGCUGCUGGAAGGUACUAGAAAGGUCUGUCCUCCCUGUCUAGGCUGCCUUCUAGAAGGUCACUCUCCUUCCUUCACAGUCCAAAGGCGAGCCGGUGUUAUGAACACUCAAUCCCUCUGUGGUUUGAGGCGCAUGCCUACAUACUUGUAUUCAUCUGUGUAUCACCAGGUCCAGGUUGGUUGAGAGAUGUCUGGGAGCAGAGGAGCAGAGGAGCAGAUGAGGAAGAAGGACGUUCCUUGGCUUUGUGGCGCCGCCUCUUUAAGGGUCCAGAUUUUGGAAGGUUUGCCGGUGUCCCUGACACGCCCUCCCAGCUACCGACAUCCUCUCUGGAGGACCUACUAUGCUCCCACGCCCCACUCUCCAGUGAGGACGAAGCCUCCCCAGGCUGUGCAACCACCUCUCAGAUGCCUUUCAAGUCCUUCCUCAGCCCUUCAGAACUACACUCGCGGAUUGCAGACAGGAAGCUGUCCCCGCUCCUGAGUCCCUUGCAGGACUCCCUGGCUGACAAAACACUGCUUGAGCCCAGGGAAAUCUCGAGACCUAAGAAGGUGUGCUUCUCGGAGAGUAACCUCCCCACUGGGGAUAGGAGCAGGAGGACCUAUUACCUCAAUGAGAUCCAGAGUUUUUCGGGUGCUGAGAAGGAUGGCCGAAUCGUUGGGGAGAUCGCGUUCCAGCUUGACCGGCGUAUCCUGGCCUAUGUGUUCCCAGGGGUGACUCGCCUCUACGGUUUCACAGUGUCCAACAUUCCUGAGAAGAUCAAGCAGACCUCUAUCAAGUCCCUAGAUGGCUCCGUGGAUGAGAAGAAGCUGCGUGAGCUGACGCAUCGCUAUCUGACUCUGACGGCACGGCUGGAGAAGCUGGGCUACAGCCGCGAAGUGCACCCGGUGUUCAGUGAGUUUCUCAUCAAUACCUAUGGCAUCCUGAAGCAGCGUCCAGACUUGCGGGCCAACCCACUGCACAGCAGCCCGGCUGCCCUGCGCAAACUAGUCAUUGACAUUGUGCCGCCCAAGUUCCUGGGUGACUCCCUGCUACUGCUGAAUUGCCUAUGUGAGCUUUCCAAGGAGGACAGUAAACCACUCUUUGCCUGGUGAGCCGCUUGCCUCACCCUUCCGGCAAUAAACGUGUUUGUUCCAAACCCGGGGGCCACCCGCGUCCUCCCGCAUGGAAGCUGUCUGCCCAGCUACAGUGGGGAGAGGCCUCCUCCACGUCUGCGCUUGCCCAGGGCAUCCAGCCGCCCGGACUGCGCACAGCCAACGGGCACCUGUUGCCUUAUUAAAAGCUUAUUUAUUUGUUUGCCUUA